AUGAAAACAACUACGUUCAUUGUUCUCGUCUGUCUCCUUGUGGUGGAGGUGAAAGGCCAUUCACUGGAUGUGAAGGGCAGAUACAUUUGUGCUGAUAAAGGAGUGAAUAAAGUCUCUCGAAAGGCAACCGAGAAGGUUGAAAUCAUCCUUCCAAGUCCUUCUUGGAAAAGACUGGAGAUUGUUGUCACUAUGAGAGGAGCAGGGCAGAAAUGCUUGAAUCCAGGGUCAAGAUUUACCAAGAA